AUAUAAAUGAUCGUGACUGUGGUUUAAAAAAUUGAGAUCACAUGGUGAAAUAUUAAGCGAACAUUUUGAAAUAUUAAGAAUAUAAACAAAACUGAAUACGGCGUAAUGCAGAAUCAUUUAGUGGGAUUAUAUGAUGGAAUACAAUACGAACUUAUAUAUACAUGUUUGUAAUUUAAUUAUGAUUUCUGCUUUAAGUAAUGAUUAAUCGAUUUGCUAAACAAUGACCUUAAAUUUGCGAAAUCAAAGGACUGCAACGUGUCGUGAAGUUUAAUCAAUGUGCAAUGUUUCAAUUAAGCGUGAUUUUAAUGUAAGAUAUGUGAUUAAUACUAACGUUAAGAUAUUCAGAAUUGGAAGAUGAUUUGUGUUUAAAGAUUUGAAGAGGAAAUUUUGAGUGCAAAAGAUUGACUAGUUCCCAAGUAGACUUGGCGGAUGGAACUUCCAGAAUGAUAAUGGGAAGAAAGGGAAUCCGGCUGUGCUUCACAAGUAUCAUAAUAAUUGGAGCUAUGGUUAUCUUUGGUCAGCUGAAUGGUAUGCCUAGAAUGACAUUGGUGAAUAAUUUGCAACUGUCGCUGUUGGAGUACAAAGCCCGAGUAAAUGUGGAACCCACGACCACGCCCAGAAAGCGCGGACCAUCCAAAGUACUAAUCCUGACCUACAUGCGGUCCGGCUCGAGUCUCACAGGAGACAUACUCCAGCAAAGCCCCGGGGCGUUCUAUGUGUACGAACCUAUCCAUAACAUCCGGUGGCAUGACAAAACAGAGAAUUGGACAUAUCCUGAUGCCCCUACUAAGCUCGUAACACCAGAAACUAUUCACAAGGAGCGAGUGGACGUGCUAUACCGGCUGCUUACUUGUGAUCUCAUGAACGUUCCAGACAGGGUCCUAGAGGACGGUUUCCUAGGUAGAGGUUUCUUAACAAAGGAACUACAACCUUGUGUGAAGGCUGCCAAACAAAACCACAACAAGACGGAAGGUACAAGGGCUUGCAUACAGGACCUUCAGAACGCAUGUCAAGCGUCGCCUCUACGUGUGCUGAAGACGAUUAGGUUUAGCAUGGAACAGGCGAGAAACCUUUCCGUGUUGAUACCGGAUCUGAAAAUCAUACACCUUGUACGUGACCCCAGGGCAACACUUAAAUCACAAAAUUAUCUAGGGGAGUGUAACGGGGUUGCAAGACAGCAGUGUGUGGAGAGAUUCUGUGCCCUGGUUGAAGACGAUAUUGUUAAAGCAGAUUUGAUCUCGAAGUCCGACCGGAAUAGAAUUUUUACUCUGAAAUAUGAAAGAUUAGCUAAGAGCCCUAUACAGGUAUCUAAAGAACUGUAUGAAUUUGUCGAUGGAUCAUUUACCAAGCAGGUAGAGGAGUAUAUUUUUAAUAUCACGUCAGCAGGUCGCAAAGAUGACUGCAUUAUAUGCACCACAAGGGGAAAUUCUACAAAACUUGUUAACGAGUGGAAGAAGACAAUGAAUAAAGACUUCGUUAAAGAAAUUCAAAACAGAUGUAACUACCUCUUAAAAAGAUUCCGUUAUGAAAUCAUUUCAUUGUAGGUUUAUAUAGUUUAACAGUUUAAUAAUUUUAAUACAUGCAUGUGUAUGUACAUUACAGAAUGAUGAAACCACAUUAAUCCGAUUAUGCCCAGAACUAUUAAUAACCAGAUCUUAUUUUUCUUUAGUUUUACAAUCUCCCUAGAGCAUGGUAUUGCCUACGAUGUUGUAUCAAAUCAGAAUAAAGCAAAGCACAGUGUGUAAGUUGAACUAUCCAUGUAUACAGAUACAGUACCAGAAACAUUGCUUAAAUAUACUUGUUUUAUAAUUUACUUGUUCGCCAGGCCCCAAUUUCUCGAAACAUCUGAAGCUCAAGCUGCACUCUCACAACUUUACCGUUCUGACAACUUUUUAUCGUUUGUCCUUACAAGUGUAUCACUGCUGAAAAAUCGAUCGCAGUUGUCAAAACGGUUAAUCUGUGAGAGUGCAGCUUUAACAGGCUUACGAAGCUUAUUUCACUUAGCCAAAACAUACACUUCAAAAUGAAAAAGUGUUGAUUGCAAUUAUUUCCAUUUAAGUCUUAUAUCUUUAAGAAAAAGAAAAUAUCACCAAAAUUAUAGGGAAACAAUAAUAAUGAGAUUAGCUUAAUCCUGUUAUAAGAGAAGUUUCGAGAAAUUGGGGCCAGUGGCACAAAUGAAUAAGCCAUAACACAUUUUCAUGGACUAUAUCAUUUUCUAAGUUUGAAUGUAUAUGAAUUAGUAGAACAUUAAUUUCCGCUUGAAUGUAGCGUAAUAUCCGCUAGGUGGCGGACAAUAGAAGGUUUCGUGCACGAGGAAUUAAGUGUAACUGUCAUUCAGCUUUGGGCAGUCGACGUGUUAACUUCAAUAACUUUUCUUUUUAUCAAAGUUUGAAUUUUUUGUGUUGAAAGUUACUAAUGGAUUGGUAAAAAUACGUGUUUAAUAUGAACAUAAGUUAUCAAAUAUAUUAUAUUAUAUUAUGUUAAUAUGAUUAAGAAAAGCAAAAUAAUCAUGUUUAAUUCAGUUUGAAUAUAUCAUUGUGUAUGAUUUUAUGUGUACAUGUACAGUUGGUUGCCCAAGUGCUUAAUCCAGUAUUAAAUCUGAAAUGCUUGAAAUGA